AUGGAGGAGGAGGAGGUGCUCAACAAGUCCGGGCCGGAGCUCUUUAAGGAGCUCCGGCGCUUCUAUUCUGUAGCGCAGGUUGAGGACUACUUCAAGCAUGGUGCCGGAAGCUCGGAGCUUCGCGACGAAUCUCCGCCGAACGGCCCAAAAACCGGUUAG